GCUGAUAAGAAGUUGCAGGAACUAUUGAUUUCCUGCAGAUGCACGGCGGUAUCUUUGAGGUCUUGAGAGGGUGGGUUCCGAGAUGGCGUGGGCAAGGUUCACAUUACCCCGCUCGAGGCGUUGGAUCGUAUUGUCAUGCUUCCUCACAGGAUUGGAUCUGGACCUCAUAGAGUUCCGGGUGUUGUCACAAGGCUGGAUCGACCAGAGGUUACCCGACGAAUGUGAUCAGAAUUCGAUAGUCGCAAAAUGUGGCUUCCAUACGGUCGGAACCUUUGCCGCUGGUGAGAUUGCAGGAUGAUGUGUGCAGUAGAGAGCCAUAGUCCCCAUGCACGGGGCACCCGUAGAAUGUGGAUCGGACGAUAACAAACUGGACCGGACGGG